AUGGUAGCCAAAAUCGGUGUUUUCCCUGCAGCUGGCGGUCUCGGGACCAGCAUCGUGAACCACUUGUCUAAGCAAGUCCCCGCCUCACAGCUUGUCCUGAUAGCAAGGAAGCCGGAGAAUCUAGCAAAGCUUCAAGAAAGCGGAGCAACCGUCCGCCACGCAGAUUAUGACCAACCAUCAACUCUAGACGCAGCAUUCAACGGCGUCGAUGUUCUGAUGCUGGUUUCAUACGCAUCCAUCGAAAUCGAAUAUCGCGUCAAAUCCCAUCGUCUAGCCAUCGACGCUGCUAUCAAAAGCGGCGUGAAGCACAUCUUUUACUCCUCCCUCGGAUUCGCCAGCGGACUAAGCGACAAGACCGUCGCACAUGUCAUGGGCGCUCAUAUCGCAACAGAGAAAUAUCUCUCCCUACAACAAAACAAAAUCUCAUACACCUCUAUCCGCGAAGGACUCUACUCCGAAUCGUUCCCAAUCUACACCGCAUGGUUCGACCCCCAGAACCCAGCCGAUGAAAUCACAAUCCCUCACUCAGGCCACGGACCAGGCGUUGCGUGGGUGAAACGCGACGAGCUGGGCGAAGCGACCGCGAACCUCAUUGUCUCACAUGUGAAUGAUCCCGCGAACUUCCAGUAUCGGAACCAGGUGGUUUUGCUAUCCGGUCCGCGGGAGAUUUCGCUAGCGGAGACGGUUGAUAUCAUCGGGCGGGCGAUCGGCAAAUCUCUUACUAUUCGUGAAAUCUCGGUCGAUGAAUAUGUCCGACUUCCUCAGAUCGGCGAUAAGCAUACAUAUAAGGGGGUCGAUUAUUCCAGAGAGUGGGCUACUACUGCUUGGCAGGCUUUUAAGAAUGGCGAGACUGCUGUGGUGUCACCGGUUCUUGGGGAAAUAUUGGGACGCGCUCCGGAGCCGUAUGAGAAGACUAUUAAGGAGUUGAUUGGAUGA